CCAGACAAGACCUGGGGUGCAGCGAAUGGCUGGGACGGUGAUGAAGAUGACGAUGGUGAUGAUGAGCACCCUGGACACAGGGGCAUGAUCUAGCUGCCAUCAGCCGCGCAUCCACCCCUACCGACCCUGCCCGGCCCCUGCUCUGCACAUCCACCCCUACCGACCCGGCCCCACCCCUACUCCGUCUGACCUCCGCUCCGCCCCAGGUGUAGUCACCCCUGCCGGCCGCCAUGGGCAAACAGAACAGCAAGCUGCGGCCCGAAGUGCUGCAGGACCUGCGGGAGAACACGGAGUUCACCGACCACGAGCUGCAGGAGUGGUACAAGGGCUUCCUCAAGGACUGCCCCACCGGCCACCUGACCGUGGACGAGUUCAAGAAGAUCUACGCCAACUUCUUCCCCUACGGCGACGCCUCCAAGUUCGCCGAGCACGUCUUCCGCACCUUCGACACCAACGGGGACGGUACCAUCGACUUCCGGGAGUUCAUCAUCGCGCUCAGCGUCACCUCCCGGGGCAAGCUGGAGCAGAAGCUCAAGUGGGCCUUCAGCAUGUACGACCUGGACGGCAACGGCUACAUCAGCCGCAGCGAGAUGCUGGAGAUCGUGCAGGCGAUCUACAAAAUGGUGUCAUCAGUGAUGAAAAUGCCCGAGGAUGAGUCCACCCCGGAGAAGCGAACAGACAAGAUCUUCAGGCAGAUGGACACCAACAACGAUGGCAAGCUGUCACUGGAGGAAUUCAUCAAAGGUGCCAAGAGCGACCCCUCCAUCGUGCGCCUGCUGCAGUGCGACCCCAGCAGCGCGAGUCAGUUCUGAGGCCGCGGCCUGUGGACAGUGCGGAGAAACAGCCUCGUGUUGCCGUUUCAGCUUCGCUUGCACCAGUGGCUGCAUCCUGCAGUCACUCCCGCUCUCCCGGGACCCGGGGUCCUGGGGGCCGUGCCUGCCGGGCCUGCGCCUCCUUCCUCCCCCUGCCCAGUGCGAUCCACCCCUCCCGCCCGGCCCAGCCCCUUCCAGGGCCACUCCCAGCGAGGGCAUGAUGGGUAGUUCGCCUCAGCCCAGGGGCGGAGACUGAAGACUGGGAUAGGUGGGGACCAAGGCAGGUGGGGAGGAGACUGGCCAAGUCCCUCCUGCGCAUGGCUCCGCCCUCGCUCCUCCCCCCACCGAAGCCGCUCGCAUGUACAUAGUCCGCGGUCUCCUCUCUUUUAAUAUAUAAGUUAUGUGUCUGGUGAAGUGAGAUGUGACGUGUAGGUCCUGUAUUUAAUGCCUCGGAUUGCUUCUGCAGCAUGCUCCCCUCCUGGCCUGUGGUUCCCCUGAGCCCGGUCGUCUCCUGGCCUGUGGUUCCCCUGAGCCCGGUCGUCUCCUGGCCUGUGGUUCCCCUGAGCCCGGUCGUCUUGUGGUAUUUAUAUACACGGUCUGCCCAAUUCACCAAGAGAUGCAUGCGUGCCGGGCUGCCCCGAGCCCGCCCGUGCCGCGGCCCGCCAUGUGUGCUCCGUCUUCCCUGUUGAUUGGUCUGGAAUCUCAUAUUAAAUUGAUCAAAUAAACAGAG